AUGUCGGCACUUUACUGCCAACACGGAUGCACCGAGUGGGCGGCCGCCAAGCGCAUCUUCCUGUGCGGGCACCACCAAACCCCCGAACUCGACGUCCAGUCCGGCGCCGCCUCCUUUAGGACAUUUUGCGCCGCGGCGGUGGCGGCCGCGGACAAGACGUGCGGCGCGAUGCCCCUACAAGCCGAGGCCGUCGGGUCCAAGAGGUUGAGGGAGCCGUGCGGCGAGUGCAAGGGCGCCAGCUGGAGGGUGUUCGCGGACGGGGUCUGGUCCCAGCUGUGA